GCGCCGUGAGAGGUGAAGCAGUGGCGUCAGAGCUUGGCAAGUUGACCGAGCUCCGACUGGCGUGAAUCAGCUCGAUGCGGCCAGCAUCAACAUUACAAACACCAUCACCGCCUCACCACCACCGUCACCUGCAGCAGUGCCUGCACCCUCCGAACACUUUCCCGACACCUCACACAAGACCUUCGACAGCAGAGCCGCCUACGUGAUCGCGUGGCAUGGGUAACCAGCAGUCUAGCGCUGGAGGCGGAGGCCCUCCCGGCGACGAUAAGAGCAAGAAGGACAAGAAGGAGAAGCCAAAGUACGAGCCGCCACCACAGCCCACCACCCGCAUCGGCAGGAAGAAGAAGAAGGCUGCCGGUCCAAGCGCCGCCGCGAAGCUCCCCACCAUCUACCCCACGGCACGAUGCAAACUACGGUACCUGCGCAUGCAGCGCAUCCAUGACCAUCUGCUGCUAGAGGAGGAGUACGUCGAGAAUCAGGAGCGGAUCCGCAAGGCAAAGGCCGUCAAGGAGGGAGCAGCGCCCGUGAACGUCAACGCCGAUCCGGAAGCCGCCGACCGAAAUGCCGAUGAGAGGUCGCGGGUUGACGACAUGCGAGGCAGCCCCAUGGGUGUUGGUAACCUCGAGGAACUUAUCGACGACGACCACGCCAUCGUUUCGAGCGCGACCGGCCCCGAGUACUACGUCUCGAUUAUGUCCUUCGUCGACAAAGACCUCCUCGAGCCUGGCGCCAGCAUUCUGCUGCAUCACAAGUCGGUGUCUGUCGUUGGUGUGCUUACAGAUGACGCGGAUCCGCUGGUGUCGGUCAUGAAGUUGGACAAGGCGCCCACAGAAUCAUAUGCAGAUAUCGGUGGUCUGGAGCAGCAGAUCCAGGAGGUACGAGAGGCUGUAGAGCUUCCUCUGUUACAUCCUGAGCUGUACGAGGAGAUGGGUAUCAAGCCACCGAAGGGUGUCAUCCUGUACGGCGCGCCUGGUACCGGAAAGACGCUGUUGGCAAAGGCCGUCGCAAACCAGACCAGUGCCACUUUCCUGCGUAUCGUAGGAAGUGAGCUGAUUCAGAAGUACCUCGGUGACGGGCCUAGGCUUGUGCGACAGCUGUUCCAGACUGCUGCUGAGAAUGCGCCUUCUAUCGUCUUCAUCGACGAGAUCGAUGCCAUCGGUACCAAGCGUUACGAUUCGACAUCAGGCGGUGAGCGUGAAAUUCAGCGAACUAUGCUGGAGCUGCUCAACCAACUUGACGGCUUCGACGACCGUGGUGAUGUCAAGGUCAUCAUGGCUACCAACAAGAUCGACACUCUCGAUCCCGCCUUGAUCCGUCCUGGUCGUAUUGACCGAAAGAUUCUCUUCGAGAACCCGGACCAACACACAAAGAAGAAGAUCUUUACCCUGCACACCUCCAAGAUGUCUCUCAACGAGGAUGUCGACCUUGACGAGUUCAUCAACCAAAAGGAUGACCUGUCCGGUGCUGAUAUCAAGGCCAUCUGCUCUGAAGCUGGCUUGUUGGCCCUUCGCGAACGCAGGAUGCGGGUACAGAUGGAUGACUUCCGCAGCGCCAGAGAGCGUGUGCUGAAGACGAAGAGCGAGGGAGAGCCCGAGGGGCUGUACUUGUAGGCGUAACAAGAGGAUGUAUUGGACACGACAUGACUUCAAGACUCAAGACCUCAUUGAUGUGUAUCAGUACGCACAGAUAGGCGCUUUGCGCGGUAGACUAAUGCUCACCAAGUCAAGCCGUCUCAUGUUCGAAGCAAUCUCCCACAGGUAACUCUGUACCGG